AUGGCCCCCAGAGCUCACACCGGCCAUGGCGCCACGCGUUCAGAGACAGGAACGCAACUCAUCGUCAUCAAAGGACUUCCCCGGAGUUUCGAUUUCAGGCUCUUGAAAGACAACGUCCGGACGAUGUUGCCUCACUCCAUUCCCGGCUGGACUGUCCAAAAGGGUUGUGGAGGAUACAUUUCACUGACUUCAGUAAAAGAUGCUAAAGUGGUGUACGCUGGGUUCACUAAAAGGAGCCGUGGCGGUCGACCCCUCAGUGUUCAUCACUUCGACACGAGCGGGGCUCCCCCGCAACUCCUCCAGUGCAACUGUUACCCUUUCGCAUCUUGUCCUCAUCGCGGACUCUCUCCUCCAGGGCACAAGUGCAAUUGUCUCCCUGGGACCUGCAUGUGGAGUCCAUCCGCCUCCGUCCCACCGGGAAGCAUGUCCCUUGCCAACAGUUCUAGUGUCUCGCUUGGUUCAGACAUUACCUCUGUGUCCUCCUCUCCGGCUACAUCGACUUGUUCGGUGAACGAUAUGGUUGGGGUACCUAUUCCAGCUGCUGUGGUGUACGCCCCAGCGCAAAGAAAUUCUGUGCCCGUCUAUUCCGUGCCAGUAUUUGUUCCAGAGGCUGCUUCGACCAACCCGUAUACGACCAACAUCACACCUCCGUCGUCCUCGAGAUCCAACUACCCCAUAUAUACCACUUCGAAUGGCAUUCCGGUCAAUGUUGUUAAAGGAGUUGUCCGAACCGAGUGUCGCGGCGUCUUCUUGUCGAAUUUGCACUUCUCUGUCAGCAAGGCUGACAUUGAGCGACUCCUCCGACCUUUUGGCACGGUUAACAAAUGCGUCGUUCGUCGCAAUCCCUCCACAAAAGGACGAUUCAAGCUGACUGCCACGGCGUUGUUUGAUUUUGGAGGCCAAGCAGAUGCUGCAGUGGCGGCACUCCAGAAAUCCGAGUUCAAGGGGAGGACGCUCGAAAUCCACUUGGACCGUGACGAAACUGUCACGAUGCCUCUGAUUGCACAUGGCGCCACGAUGAGUCAAGCCCACAGCAACUGA